AUUGUAGCUAAAACAAUUCUUAAUCAUAAAAUUUCUGAAAUUCUUGUAAUUAUUUUUCAAACUUAUCUGAAGCUGUUUACCAACUUAAUUUUGUUUGAAGUGUGAUUCCCAACCUCUCUUGCAAAAAAAAAAAAAACAAGUGGGUUUACAUUUAAUACUUUAUAUGCCUUUUGAGCUGUGUAACUUAAUAUUUGGAUACUUGACAAUUCGUUUUAUUAUGUAAUUGAUAAUAUGGUGAUGUGUGUUAACGUUAGCUCAACCAUAUAUUUAUACUGCCCGGGAACAUGUGGUUAUAGUUCUGUGGGAGAAAUAAUUCGUCAGUGUUCACCAGCUUGUAAAAAUCUAGUGUGAGGGCUUAAACCUUAAAUAAAUGAUGAAAUGCAUUUAUCGUCAUUGAAAAAAAAAUGGGUAAUGAUGUUAAUAUCACUGUAAAAAGUUUCAACCUCAUGGAACCUUCUGAAAGGGCUGAACCACACUUUGACAAUCUUGAGCUAGAUUCUGAUAUGGUAACAAAUGAUGCCGAAAUCUCAGUAGGUUACAACAACAAAGGUUUAUUUUUCUUUAAGGUGAAUGGCUUUUUUUUUAAAUUAAUUUAUUUUAUUUCUGGCUGCAUUGAGUCUUUGUUGCUGCGUGCAGGCUUUUCUCUAGUUGCGGCGAGCGGGGACUACUCUUAGUUGUGGCGAGCGGGGGGCUACUCUUAGUUGUGGUGCGCGGGCUUCUCAUUGCAGUGGCUUCUUUUGUUGUGGAGCACAGGCUCUAGGAGCGCGGACUUCAGUAGUUUUGGCUCAUGGGCUCAGUAGCUGUGGCUUGCGGCUCUAGAGCACAGGCUCAGUAGUUGUGGUUCACGGGCUUAAUUGCUCCGUGGCAUGUGGGAUCUUCCCGGACUAGGGCUGGAACCCAUGUCCCCUGCGUUGGCAGGUGGAUUCUUAACCACUGCGCCACCAGGGAAGCCCUAUUUCUUAAUCAUGCUACACAUCCAUUAUGGCUUGCCCAUGGUUCUGUUCCAGGUACUCUUCACCAAAGAACCCAUGUUGACAGGGCACCCUUUGGCUGGACAUCACUAGAUAGGGGAAGAGAGAACUUGGUAAACCAGCCUGCCUUUUAAAACGUAUUCUUGGAAAUGAUGUGUCACUUUUUUCCUUGUUUCAUAGCCAAAGCAAGUCACAUGGCCAAGCUGGAUUCUUCAGAGCUGAGAUGUAUACUCUUCUGCAGGGAGAGGCCCCAUGGGAAGGGAUACCAAGUAUAUGUGGUAUAUAAACUUCUACCAUGGUGCUUAAAGAAUAUCACUGGUUGCUCAUGGAGAAUGGAUUAUACUGGGAAGAGGGCCCCCGUAGGGCAGUCUCGCAGCUCUUACGUAGUUUUAGAGGCGGAGACGACAGGAAAUUUAAACCGAAGCCGCGGCCCAGGGCACCUAGAGAAUGAUGUUAUAGUUGCAGAGGAACAGCCGGUGCACGGGAGGCUGAAAGCUCAUGGAACCCGCGAAUGUGAUACGGCGGCCUUAAAGGAGUACGGAGGCCGAGAAAGAGCCGAGAAUUUGAGGAGGGAGCCGGGAAAGGGCGACGAUUGCCUUGAACUGGAGAGUUCAAUGGCUGAGAGUAGGCUCCGGGCUCCGGACCUAGGGGCUCAGCUAGGAGUUUCCAGUUGUCUGGGAAAAUGCCAGAAGAGCUCACCGGAUGCUGGGAGGCAGCCCUUUUCUGGAAAGUCCUUUUACUUGGAUCUGCCCGCUGGCAAGAACCUACAGUUUUUGACGGGGGCCAUCCAGCGGCUGGGCGGGGUAAUUGAGGGGUUUCUGAGCAAAGAAGUAAGUUACAUCGUGUCCAGCCGCAGGGAGGCGAAGGCCGAGAGCAGCGGGACAAGUCACAGAGGCUGCCCCAGCCCCAGCGAGGUCACAGUGGAAACACUGUCCGUAGCCAACCCAAAAGGCAGCCGUGCCAGCCCCGCACAGAAAGCUGUGGACUCGGUGCCUCUGAGCAGAGGGAAGGAGCUCCUGCAGAAGGCCAUCAGGAACCAGGGCAGCGGCGGCGGAGGCGGUGGUGGGCGCGGCAGCAGCCUCCUGAGCAACGCCCGCUCCUGGGGCGUGCGGAUUCUCCACGUGGAUGAAAUGAUGAUGCAUGUGCAGCAGCUGUCUCUUGAUGCGCCAUGUGUGAAGAAGCAAGGGCCAAAGAAGCCAGAGGGAACAUGUCCAGCAGAGUCAAGAACACGGAAAGUGGCCAGACUGAAGGCACCGUUCCUCAAAGUCGAAGAUGAGAGCAGGAAGUUUCGUCCUUUCCACCAUCAGUUUAAAUCCUUUCCCGAAAUUUCUUUUCUGGGACCCAAAGACGCAAGUCCCUUUGAGGCCCCGACGACUCCGGGCAUCUCGCGCCAUACCAGAGAAGCCAGGGACCAGGAGCCAAGCCGGCGAUCGGCCGCCUGCACGGUGCCCAGGAGGAAGAAGGGGUACUGCGAGUGCUGCCAAGAGGCCUUCGAGGAGCUGCGCGGGCAUCUUCAGAGCCCCCAGCACCGGGGCUUUGCCCUGGAAGCCCGCCCGUACGCCGAAGUGGAUCGGAUCAUCGCCCAGCUGGGCCACAGCUUUGCGGACAUCCCCUUCCAGGCCAGCCUCCCCGGGCAGCCAGGCUCCUUGGCUUCCGAUUGUGACCCUCUGUGUCCUGAGACUCCGCCUCCCAGCCAGCCAUCCUAUCUCAGGGCAGCAUCUCCCAGGAGGAGGAAAGAAGACGAUCACCAGGCCCCAGGUGCCUCAGAGCAAGAUGGGACAGUGGGCGGCAUGAAAGCACCAGCUGAACCUGUGGAGGCUGGCAAGAUACCUGGACCAAUAGCAAGCCGCCAGGAGCCGGGAGGGUCGGCUGAUGUCUCUGUGGACCCCCGAGAGACACCAGUGUCCAGGAGCCCUGCUUACCAGUGCCUGCUGACCAGCUCUGGAUUUGCUGAACUCUCCUCUGGCCCAGACCUGGCACUUGUUGGCCACAAGCGGAAGGUUCAGUUCCCCAGUGGCAAUGCCGAGAAGAGGCCAGGGGUGUCCUGGCCACAGGCCUCAUUCUUCGUCCCGAGAGCCCCCAGCCCCUGUGGCACCAGGACAGCCAGUGGCAAGCAUCUUCCCUCCCUUCCCCUUCCAGGCCAUGAGCCCAGGCCUCUGGCCUCCCUCCAGCCCGUGUGCCACCAGCAGACCUGCCUGUCCCUCCCGGGCCCUUUUCCCGGGCAGCCCACAGACAGGCCAGCAGAGUUCUGGGCCACACAGGCCCCCUGGCCUGGGGGAGGAUGGCCCCCAGGAUCUAAGGAUUCUGAGUGCACAGCCUCUGGCCCUGUCUCCCAGCAGGCUGAGCAGCUCCCCAGCGGCCCCGCAGCUCCAGGCCAGCUGCCAGCCCACCUGCACUCAGCUGCGGGCACACAGACCCCAGGAGGACCUGCAGAGAGCCAGGCUACCUCUCUGCCCCCGCCCCUUCCAGCCAGCCGGGGGGCCAGCCGCUCCCGAUGGUCCUGGACCCCCCAGCCUCUCCCUGUCUCCCAGUCCCAACCCCAGCCCAGUGCCAACAGAGAACUACUCCUGUGAGUCCCCCCAGGCACGCAGCUCUGGGGCCAGACAGCUCCCGACUCAGGGCAAGUUCCACCUCUGCUGAGUGCUGCACACCCAGCCCGGGCUGACCGGGCACACGGGGAGGAGCUGCGCCAGGGGCCUGGCCCUUGAAGUCCACGUGAACAGCUGUGGUCAUGGCCAAGCUCUGUGGGGUUGACGGGGCCAGUCCUCCCACCCGCCAGGUCUUCAGGUGGGACCAAGAGGGUCUGGGCUGGGGGCUGCCCUCUCCCCUUCCUCCAGCCAUGGCUUGUGCAGCCACGGCCAGCUGCCCAGGCCAGGAGGCAGAGGCAAGGUUGGCAUAGGGAGAGCCCACAGAGAAGCUAGAGCAGCAGGCGCCAUGGCCUGGCUUACCGUCCCUCUGCAGGUACUUGCUCUGCAGAGCCAAGAGGGUUAGUUGUCGGUGUUCACAACCACCACCCCCCCAGCCUCCUUUCCCACAAGCAUGUGGCUCUCCUGCUUUCUGAGAUGUGUUGUCCCCUCCCCCAGCCCCCCACGCUGGUGCACACAGAUCCUCAGGAACAUAUGAAGCAGAGGAGGGGCUCGGCUGUGCACUUCCAGAGCUCCCUCCCUGCUGCACUUAGUGGGGGCCCGGCACUGACCUCUCCCCUGAGCCCAGGAUGUAGCCAGAGCCCCCUCUGGGGACCCCUCUCAGCUCUUCCCUGCCGCCUAGCUCUGGCUGCCCACCCAGAGUUCAGUUCCAGUGUCAGUGGCUCACCUGCCAACUUCUGCAAUCACCCUCCUCCCUCUCUCCUUCCCCAAGGACCUCCCCCCAUUUCUUUCAGGCAAGCCAUUAAUCUGGAGACAGAGAUGAGUUUGCUAUCGAUUCUUUGGCCACUUUUUUUUUUUUUUUUUACAUUUUGUACUGUGGUUCCUCUCACCCUUCUCUGCCUCUGUGUGUUUCUCUCUUUAAAUGUGGGGCUACCAGAAGGCUGGUGCUAUUCUGUAUCUCAUUUUGGAGGAAGAAAGGGGGGCCUACCUGCAGGUGAGGACCUGAGUUGUUAGUUUGGAAAUAGAGCAACUAUGUGUGCAACCCUCAUAGAGGUCGUGUUUGUCCUUUUUAUGCCAUCCUGUUAAAUUUCACAAUUAAUCUUGGUUCAGGAGAUGUAAAAUAAAUUUGUUAAUAACAAAUAGCAAA